UGAUUUGGUUUUUUCACCGGUUGGCCGUUCCAAUGCAACAGAGUCAGUUCGUUGCUGUUCUAAAGUUAUUGUGAAGUUGUGCUUCUGCGCGCGUGUGUCUGUCCCUCUGCGUGAAAUGUGUAGUACAUGAUAUUCGAGUGGGAUAAUGAUUACGGACCAGACCUGGAGCAUGAUGCUUGACUGCAGUGACGGUUCAAGCGUUAGCGAGCUACAGGGAAUAUCACCGAGGAAACAGUUGUGGAUAAAGGCGGUGAAAAAAUUGACCUCCGAACGAUUGGGAAGAGAGGCUUUGGCUGCAUGGGAAGAUCCGAAAACCAUAAGAAAUGAAGGAGAGGAUGGCGACGGAGCUGGGACAGCUGGUGGUAAUAAAAUUUAUUCGCAAUCAGCGCAUGGGAAUCAAAAUGAUGCUGAGGAUGAACCGUGCAAUGAAACGAAAGUCGACGAAGGACAACCGGUCCAGGACGAAGAAGCACAGGCCGAAAGAGACGUCUUCAAACGCGGUGUUUUGUACAAGGGGAUAUUCUGCCCGUCAUUGACGAACAGCUUUCACAAUAGACAGCUGGAAAUAUCCUAUUUAAACUACUCGAACCGUCAACGACAGAAGUCGUUGAUAAUGCUGAACGUGAUAGACCUCAGUUUGAAGAUCGCUCUGAUGUCGAUAUGGCUGUGGCGUCGGAACAAAAAUUCGAGCGGACUGAUCGAGUCACUCUCAUGGAUAAUCUGUUGCGUCGUGGCGAACCUGGUUUUCUGCAUAUUGGGCUGGUGGCGCUGCUUUUCCAACAGAUACCUCUACUGGGCAUCGAUAUUCACAUUGCUCCUCGUCAACUCCCAGGGUUACAUCGGCGCGAGCUUCGGAUUUUCGACCCAACAACGACUCGUUUGGUACAUUCUAUUCGUGGUCUAUGCUCCUUAUGCGAUGCUACCGCUGCCCCUCAGAUGGUGCGUUAUAGCCGGUUCUGGCACCGCUUUGGCGCACACGGCAAUGUCCGUGAUAACGUUGAAGAGCGACAGCGCCGAAUACGAUGAAGUCUGCUUCCCCCGUCUUCUUGCCACAAACGUCCUUUUGUACGUCGCCGUAAAUCUUGCCGGCAUGUACACCAAAUACCUAACUGACAGGGGUCAGCGUCAGGCAUUCCUGGAGACUCAUCGCUCCCUUGAGACAAGACAUCGGACACAAAACGAAAACAACAGGCAGGAGAAGCUGCUUCUUUCCGUAUUGCCGGACUUUGUUGCGAGGGAAAUGAUUCGCGACAUCGCCAGAGAGGAGGAAAGAGGUGGAACCAUCACCUUUACCCCGAAUCAAUUUCACAGAAUAUACAUUCAUCGGUACGAAAAUGUUAGCAUACUCUUUGCCGAUAUCAAGGGUUUCACAGCAUUGGCAAGUCAGUGCAGCGCCCAAGAACUGGUCAAAGUAUUGAACGAUCUGUUUGCAAGAUUCGACAGACUUUCGUCCGAGAAUCACUGUCUGCGCAUAAAACUUCUUGGAGACUGUUACUACUGCGUUUCCGGUCUACCCACGGCUAGAGUUGACCACGCGCAUUGCUGCGUUGAAAUGGGACUCAGAAUGAUAAAAGCAAUUCGCGAUGUCAGAUACACAACUAAGACUGAUUUGAACAUGCGAAUCGGAAUACACAGCGGUUCCGUUCUCUGCGGUGUCUUGGGACUUCGAAAAUGGCAAUUCGACGUCUGGUCCUACGAUGUUACCCUCGCAAAUCAUCUUGAGAGCGGAGGAAUACCUGGUCGAGUGCACAUUUCGCUGGAUACCCUCAAGUGUUUGAACGACGUCUACGAGGUGGAGCCGGGCUACGGAGCAGACCGGGACAAUUACCUGAAGAACAGGAACGUCGAGACGUAUUUGAUAAAGCAGGUCGAGCCCCUGAGCACAAGGCGACGCUUCUCGUCAAGGCCAAAAGCGAACAGUAAUUCGGAAGACGAAGGGGUGAACGGAAAGAGCAGGAAGAGCUUUAAGGGCAGCAACGCAGGGCAGCUACCGAGCAGAAACGUUAACUCUUCGGGAGCUGCGAAUGUCGAGGAGGAAAUCGGGGUCGAUUGGACACCGGAAAUACCGUUCGAAAAUUUAAACAAUGCUACUUCGAUCAGCAAUCUCGAGUCCGAAUACCUCGAGGACGACGGCUCCGUUUCGAAAACCCGUAAAGCCGCAUGCGGCCCGACUGCGGAAAAAUCUACGGCCGAUUUGGCGAUAGAAACAGCGAGUAACAAGCGAAUGAGAUCGGCGAAUGUCAACACCUGGACGCUUAGGUACAACGACGAAAGUUUGGAGCUUAAGUUUGGCCAAUUGCGAGAAGACAUGUUCAAGUCGAACAUGAUUUGCUGCUACGUGAUAUGGCUUUUCAUCGCGGUAUGUCAAGCUGUGAUAUCACCGAGUUGUUUGCCACUCUUGAUCUCCCUGGUUUUCACGACGUUCGUAUUAACGGCUGCCUCGAUGUUGGUGAUGGCCGAGGAAUUUAAGAGCCUGCCAUCGAUACUGCAGCACUUUUCUUCGGUACUGGCCCACGACAAGCAGCGACGAACGGUCUUCAUAUGCUGUGUGAUAUCGCUCAUGGCGUUGACCUCGAUGCUGAGCGUGAUCGCGUGUCCUCGAGUCGACUGCCAUAACGAAAGAACAAGUCCAAUUCCGGUCCAGAAGAAGGGCUCUCAGGAACGACGUUCGGUACCGGAAGCCAGUGGCUCGUCGAGGAGUCUGGAUGAGCUGAUCCUCAGCUUCCUCUCAGCGGCGUUUCGUGACGACGUUGUGGCGAAGGAGGCAGACAGAAGCAAGUCCGUCUUGAAAAACGACUCUAAGCGGUCUGAAGGCGAGGAAGCCAUCGAGACGAGCAACAUCGAAGUGAAGUUGACCCACGUCGUCGACGGCAAGGCGAGUCCAGCCCAUCGCAGAACCAGGAAGGAGGUUUUCAGGUUCUACAAGUACGAAAAGUACUCGAGGGACAAGUUGAGGCACCUGCACCGGAACAAGAGGCUCAAAAAUCAGCCGGGAUUGUCGAACGGAAGCCCGUCGACCAGGGGAAGACGAAAAGUCCCGACGAGGAAGAUUAUGUCAAUAUUUUCCGACAAUGAAACCUCCAUGGCAGCCAUGCGGUCAUCGUGCGAACCUGGCACGUGGAUCGACUGCAUGCAUCCCGAGUACGCCGUCUUCACAUGGAUACUGUGCCUUGUCGCUCUCGCCUCUGCUCUAAAACUUUAUUACCUUGUCAAAACCGCACUCGCUACUAUUAUUGUACUCGUUUAUGCUCUUCUUAUACUCGUACUGUACCGAGACUUGUUCACCGUACGAAUUGACGAGGAGAACACACGCGCUAUACCGUUGUCAGCGCAGAUGCUAAUAUUCCUCGGUGUCUUUCUUGUGAUGGUCACGUAUCACGGAAGGCUAGUCGAGGUGACAUCGCGGUUGGAUUUCCUAUGGAAACAGCAGGCUGAAAGGGAACUUUCCGACAUGAUCGAAUCCCGGCACAACAACAUGCAGCUGCUUAAAAAUAUCCUGCCAGACCAUGUGGCUCAUCAUUUUCUAACACAGGACAGAGCCCCUGAGGAAUUGUAUUCACAGUCGCGGGACCAAGUCGGUGUGAUGUUUGCAAGUGUGCCCAACUUCACGGAGUUCUAUUCCGAGGACGUCAAUAAAGGAAUGGAGUGCAUACGACUGUUGAAUGAAAUAAUCGCUGACUUCGAUGAACUUUUGGACGAAACGCGAUUCCACUGCAUAGAGAAGAUAAAAACGGUCGGUGCAACCUACAUGGCAGCUUCUGGUCUGAAUCCUUGCCAAAAGAAUAAGAACAUUGACGAUAUGGAGCACCUAUGCAGACUGGUUGACUACGCGGUGGCGAUGAGACUGCGGCUUCAGGACGUGAACAUUCAUUCUUUCAACAACUUUGACCUGAGAGUCGGCAUCAGCUGUGGUCCACUAGUCGGUGGUGUAAUUGGAGCAAGGAAGCCGGUGUUUGACAUAUGGGGGAACACCGUUAACGAAGCAUCGCGUAUGGACUCAACUGGCGAGAUGGGGAAGAUUCAAGUUCCCCGCGAAAUAGCCGAGUUCCUGAUUGCGCGUGGCUAUCAGACCCAGAAACGAGGUAUGAUCGCCGUCAAGGGUAAGGGGACCAUGGAGACGUAUUUCGUGCUUGGAAAAGGCGGCCCGAAAUCAGAAGAGACCUCAAAACUAACGAGCAACUGUCGAAGUCUGGCUGCCGUCGUUUACGGAGUUGUUCAGGCUCGCAGAAAGCAGACGCGAGCUCUGCGAAGAACCUGAACUCUACAAUAAAAAUUAACGGUAAUAGUAAUAAAGGUAUAAUAAAACCGAAACAAGUUUGAUAGAAAAAUAUGAAGAUUCAAGUUUUUUCGUUUGGAGUUUUUAUUUCUUGAGCGCGAUGCAGCUUGGAAAGCAGAAAUGAGCACAUUUUGUGGUAAGUAAAAAAGUUACAAAAUACAUAGAGAAAUUGAACGCUGCACCGUAUGAGGAGUGUGAUAAUUAAGUCAUGCACGUGUCCAUUAAACGUUGAAAGAGAUUCGCUGUAGGCACGAGGUUGCACCGAGACUCUUGAUAUCUGAAUUUACACCAAAGUCUAAGGUGGUAAAAUCUAUCUAAAUAUAAAUAUACCAAAAUUCUAUUGUGCCUUUUGAUCAUUUGAGAUUUAAAUAACAAUCGCUAAAAUUAGUUUUUGGAAAUUACAUUUGUUCGGACGAUUAUUCUUGGAUGUUAUCAGUUUUUACGAGUUGUGAAUUUUGAUUCCACUGUACAGUGAGAUUUAGAAAAUUAGUU